UUGAUAAUCUGGGUCGGGUCCAUUACUGCAAUACCCUGACCCACCAGAUCCUCUGUGCACAUUUUCCCAGAGCUGAUGAACUAGUGACACUAUCAAAACCGUUCUAACACCCACGGACUUGGCCACUCUCUCUUCUCCUCAGUUUCGCAGAGUGAAGACUCUGUAGCUCCAUUCCGAAGACCAAAAGCUCUAGGGUUACGGUUCCGGCCGACUAAGCAAGCAGAGAGAGAUGACGAGCAACAACAACGAGAGUGUCGCCGCCGGUGAGCCACCGGUUCCACUGAUGAACAUCGUCGUUUCUGCACCACCGACCGGCACCGCCGCUACAGAUCACUCGGUUUGGAGAGUUGAAAUUAAACCAGAAAAUCGAGACAGGUGCUGUAUGAGAGCACUGGCCGUGGCAUUUUUAAUUGUCAUAGCUUGUCUGGCGGUGUACAUGAUUUUAUAUGCUACCCUUAAUAUCUCUAAGCUGCCGGCUUACAUUCUGUACGGUGUUCUUAUGGUUCUCGCACUUGGAAGUGCACUGAGACUAGCUUUCUUCUAUGAACAGAUAUUGACAGCGGCCACAGAUGUGCAAAAGGUACGUGGAAAAUCAGAUGCAAGUCAUGCAACCUGAGGAAAAGCAGAGGUUCUUUGUUUAUCACUUGAGCACUGAGACUGCAAGUUAUGUAAAUGCUUUCUCAGUUGAUAAAAUGUAUACAGAGUAAUUUGUAGCGCUAAGAAAGUGUGUUCUGCAAUCCUUCCCUUUCGAAGACAUUUCAGAAAACGAUGAGCUUACCUUCUUUGUAGGAUGUUAUUGCAGAAUUCCUUCUAUUCAGUUGCAUGAAAUUUAAGUAUCAGUGAGGAGUAUUAAUAUUUGUUAUAAAAAUGGAGGCUCGACUCCUCUUCUUUUG